AUGGGAUCCGCGAGAACCAUUUCAUCUAGUCUCUCGCUGAGACCACGGAAGUCGGAUGUCAUUGGAGCAGUUUCUUCCAAUGGGACGAUUACCUCCAAAGACCAUGACAAAAAGACAGUGAAAUCUAAUGUUCCUGUUCUGAUUGCUGGGAAAGAACUUCUGAAUGAUCUCAUGGCACAACUGGGAAGUCCGUUUCGUGAAAGAAACAACGAAAGAGAAGACCCCAAGAAAAUCAUUGCGCUUUCAGAAAUUCAUUACUUUAAGCUUCGCAUGGAAGACCUUCUCAAUGUGAUAAAUGGAAGUGAACCAGCGAAGAAAACUGACUUUAUACAAGCAGGAGAUAGCUUGAUUCGUGAGUUUCCUCCUCAAUAA